AUGAUUAGAACUACUAUUGCGGGGGUAGAUUCACUGCUGCACCGUGGUGCUGCCGCUGCCACCAGUGCAGCUAGACAGGGCGCAUCGUCGAGAGGUCUCGGGGAUCGUCAACAACAUGCCUCAGCAGCAGUGGCGAUUUGCUGGCGAGGAGGUCCAACAAGGAGACAUUGGUCUAGUCAGAAGGAGGCAGAGGAAAAGGAUAGCGCCGGCGAUGCCGCAGUCGACGUCGGCGACUACUCCCCAGACGCGACUGCAACUACCGAGGAGCCCGCCCCACCCAAGCCGCAGCGUACCUUCGUGGUGCGAACGCCCGACUCCUCCUCCUCCCUCAAGGUCACCGUGCCGAGCACGACCGCCGAGGCGAUGGCGAUGAACCUGUCGAUCAGGGAGAACGCCAGGGCGAAGAAGGAGGCGGCGGCGCGCCGGCACGCGGCCACCACAGCGGCCAGGGCGUCGUCGAAGCAACCGGCAGGUGGAGCGGCGCCGGCGCCGGCGGCCGCCCCCCACACCAGAGGCAGGCCGGCCGAACGGCGGCGGGUGCCGAGCAUGAUGGUGGUGACGCCCAACGCCCGGUCGAAGUCCAUCCAGAUGGAGGUGCCCCUCACGACGGCCGAGUGCAUCAAGCUGAACAGGGCGGUGAAGGAGAGGUACCCGACGCAGCAGCAGGAAGCCGACGAAGACAGCAACAACGGCGUCAACGCCGGCUACUCGAGGAGGUGGCGCAACCCGCCCGCGCCCGGCGUCGGUGGAGGCCAGGGGCUGCACCAUGCCUACGGAGCGGGCCUGUCUUCUUUCCCCGAGAUCGUGAGAUACGCGGACGUCGAGCAGAGCGCGCGGGAGCCUAGCUACGACAGAACGAUUGGGAACCUGCACAAGGCCAGGAGAUGGGACCAGAUUGUGCGGGUGUGGGAGGAGAUCGAGGAGAGGGAGAAGAGAGGGGUGACGGUGGGUCUUGGAUGGACCACGUACGAGUGCUUGAUGGACGCCUUCAUUUCACACGGGUGCAGCGUGGCCAGGCUCGGGACCCGUGCGGUGGCGUUGAUCGAGGGCCUUGAUCGUUUGCCGGGGAAGAGGUUCAAGCCGAACCCGCAGUUUUUCUUCAAUCUCCUGUCCGCGACUUGCGCGGAAGGCAUGGUGGGGGAGAGCAAGCUGUACUACGGGAUCAUGAGGGACAUGGGCUUCGAACCGACCAACAAUACCUUGCAAAAUAUGCUGGACAUGUACAUUCGGGAGGAUAGGCUGGUGGACGCGCUGAGGGUGGUCGAAGACACCCACCAAGCCGGGAUGAGGCCGAGGGACCCCCUGAUGAACAAGCUGACCUACGCGUGCAUGCGGCAAGGGGAGCCGGAACUGAUGCACAAGACGCUCGACCUCCUCCUCCUGACCGGCAACAUCGUGAACCCGAUGACCGUGAAGAAUGUCCUGUACAUGGCCACCCGCCGGAGGGAUGACGACAUGGCGACCAAGAUGUGGGUCGCCGCACAGCAAUGGGGUCACAGCUUUUCCCAGGCCGAUUACUCGUUCGUGGUGCAGACCUUCUUCGCGGUGGGGAAGGAUGACAUGGCUCUCGCCACUCUCGUGCAGGCCUACAAGGAAAAGGUCGAGGUGAACCGCAAGACCCUGACGUUCUGCGCGCAAAGGCUGGCGGUGUCGAACAAGCGGGUAGACCAGGCGUACUACACGCUCACGCUGCUGAAGGAAAACGGAGAGCCGGUUCCGGUGGAAGCCGUCAACAGCAUCAUCGUCGCUUGCGCCAUAAGGCAAGCAGUAGACCGAUGUUUUGCGACGGCCGAAGCUCUCCCCGUGGUGUUCGAGCUAGCACCCAACCUCGACACGUACAACGCGCUGAUGCACGUCCUCGGCGCAAUGAGAGCGCAAGACACGGACAACGCCACGCUCGGCAUCGGCAUGUCUCUCCUCGACCAGAUCGAGAAGGAGGAGGUAAAACCGAACCAGGAGACAUUCAUGAGCCUGAUAGAUCUGGCUUGCAUGUCCGACGGACUCACCGAGGACUUCGCCGAUGACCUCGUGGAGAGGAUGACUAGCAAGCACGGCCUCCGUCUGGAGCAGGACAUCGUCGAUACACUUGCAAGCGCCUUCGAGGAGAGGGGCAUGGACAGCCUGGCGCAAGCGUGGACGAACAAGAUGCCGUCCCUCGACGCCCCCUCCGAUGAGACGUUCGACGCAAGCUCCCCGGCGGCGGCGGCGGCGGCGGCGGCGGCCGCCGCCGCGGCCGCGGCCGCCGACUUCACUUGUGAGCAGGGGAACGGCAGCGACGGAGUGGUCCGAGCGCGCAGGGUGGCGCAAGACAGAGGCCGGUACACGGGUUUCGACGACGGGCGGUUUAAGGCUAUCCGGGACUCCACCCGCCGCGGGGAAAAUCCUGGGGGAGGCGUGGGAAGGUUCUCGUACGGAUCCGCCGGGGGUGGAGCGGGGGGUCCGGCUAGAGGAGGAGGCAUGGGUAACGGUGGUGCUACGGCGGGUUCUGGGAGAGAGGAGAGGGUGGGGGGUGGGAGGGGUUCCCCGCCGUCUGAAGGCAGUGGCGGCGGAGGUUGGGCUCAAAGAUAUAACAAGUCCGGAGACGAAAAAUAG